AUACAUGGAUUAUUCUUGUGCAUUGUUAAUAUCUUGAGACCUUGAAAGGGAGUACCCCAAAGCUAAGUCAAUUAGCACCAGACCAACCCCUGAGGGUUGUAAAUACCUAUUAUUAUCUCCAUAAACACAUCCUAGAACUGCUAAUGUGCUUCUUCAAGGAACUCUGCCACUACACAUUAAGCUAUAAUACACAUUGGAUCAAUAAAUUCUUAAAGCCACCAUUGAUUUAAUUUCCUAAACUAUUAGUGUUACAAGAAAGUAGUUUAUAAGAAUGUAGAGAAUCAUUCAACCUCUUAUUCAAUUCUUCACAAUUCAUCAUGUAAAAAAAUGAGCUUACAUUUAUUUUGAGUCCCUCACUUAACCAUUUUUGUGGUUCCUUGGUUUUGCUUUGUAGAUUUCAGAAAUGCACGAGAUUCUCUUACCAGUUUGUAGUGUAGUUGGUGGUGUAGUUAAGCUGCUCAACACGUAUCUGAAGGAUAAGCAGUCGAAGAAAGAGAAAGGCGGUGAUGGCGGCGGCAAAGUUAAGGGUAAAGGCAGAGAAGGCAAUGUUGAAGGGAAAGGUAAUAAGGUGAAGGAUAAGAUAGACAGAGGCUGCGGUGAUAACGGUGGUGGUGGCGGCAAAGGAAAGGGUAAAGGUGGAGAAGGCAAUGCUGAAGGGAAAGGUAAGAUGAACAGAGGCGAUGGUGGUGGCGGCAAAGGUAAGGGUAAAGGCGGAGAAGGCAAUGUUGAAGGGAAAGGUAAGGUGAAGGAUAAGAUAGACAGAGGCGGUGGUGAUAACGGUGGUGGUGGCGGCAAAGGUAAGGGUAAAGGCGGAGAAGGCAAUGCUGAAGGGAAACGUAAGGCGAAAGAUAAGAUAGACGGAGGCGGUGGUGGUGGCGGCAAAGGUAAGGGUAAAGGCGGAGCAGGCAAUGUUGAAGGGAAAGGUAAGGUGAAGGAUAAGAUAGACAGAGGUGGUGGUGAUAACGGUGGUGGUGGCGGCAAAGGUAAGGGUAAAGGCGGAGAAGGCAAUGUUGAAGGGAAAGGUAAGGUGAAAGAUAAGAUAGACGGAGGUGUUGGUGGUAACUAGGGGUGCCAAAUUUUUUUCGUUUUUUACUAAUGUUUGAACUCAAAUACUAACUUGAGUUAUCCCAAGAGAUUUCUCAGCCAAGACUCCUAAAGAUAUUACAGUGUGCUUCCUUAUUGUUUUUGGGUUUCACGUUGGAGAAGGGUAAAGCUGAUCAGAGCAAUUAGGUUUGUGCAAAAAUCGAACCGAUCGAUAAACUGAACUCAUAAAAAUGUUAUUGAAUUAUUGGUAUUGAGUUAUCGGGUUAACGGUUUUU